GGGAGAGGCGAGGAGCAGCAGGAGGAGGAGGGUGCCAUGGCUGUCCCCCUCCUGCUGCUGCUGCUGCUGUUGCUGCCGCCGCUGCUGUUACUGCUGAAGCCGGGCCUCUGGCGCGCCCUGCGCUGGCUGCCUGCAGACUUGGCCUUCACGGUGCGCGCCGUGCGCUGCAAAAGGGCCCUGCGCGCUUUCUCGCUGGCCGCGGCGGCCGCCGACCCCCGGAGCCCCGAGGCGGGCUGCAGCCUGGCCCGGCGCCUCGCGCAGCUGGCCCGCCGGCGGCCCGCGCACACCUUUCUGGUUCACGGGGCGCGGAGUUUCAGCUACGCGCAGGCCGAGCGCGAGAGCAACCGGGCCGCGCGCGCCUUGCUGAGCGCGCAGGGCUGGCACGGGGUCCCCGGCAGCGCACGGCCGGGCGACGCCCGAGGGGCCCGAAGCGACGGGGAGGACGGGACCGGCGGGGAUGGAGAAGCCGCGCCCCCUCUGGCACCUGGGGCGACGGUGGCGCUGCUCCUCCCCGCCAGCCCGGAAUUCCUCUGGCUCUGGUUCGGACUGGCCAAGGCUGGCCUGCGCACCGCCUUUGUGCCCACCGCCCUCCGCCGGGGGCCCCUGCUGCACUGCCUCCGCAGCUGCGGCGCGCGCGCGCUGGUGCUGGCGCCAGAGUUCCUGGAGUCCCUGGAGCCCGACCUGCCAGCCUUGAGAGCCAUGGGGCUCCGCCUGUGGGCCACAGGCCCUGAAGCCCAUCGAGUUGGAAUCAGCAAUUUUCUGGCCGAGGCAGCGGCCCAAGAGGAUGGGCCAGUGCCGGGGUACCUCUCUGCUCCCCAGAGCGUGAUGGACACGUGCCUGUACAUCUUCACGUCGGGCACCACGGGCCUCCCCAAGGCUGCUCGGAUCAGUCACCUGAAGGUCCUGCAGUGCCAAGGCUUCUACCAGCUGUGUGGUGUCCACCAGGAAGACGUCAUCUACCUCGCACUCCCACUCUACCACAUGUCUGGCUCCCUGCUGGGCAUUGUGGGCUGCUUGGGCAUUGGGGCCACGGUGGUGCUCAAGUCCAGGUUCUCAGCGGGGCAGUUCUGGGAGGACUGUCGGCAGCACGAGGUCACGGUGUUCCAGUACAUCGGGGAGUUGUGCCGGUACCUCGUCAACCAGCCACCGAGCGAAGCAGAGCGUGACCACAAGGUCCGGCUGGCCGUGGGCAGCGGGCUGCGCCCUGACACCUGGGAGCGUUUUGUGCGGCGCUUCGGGCCUGUGCGGGUGCUGGAGACCUACGGACUGACGGAGGGCAACGUGGCCACCAUCAACUACACGGGACAGCAGGGUGCCGUGGGGCGCGCUUCCUGGCUGUACAAGCGCCUCUUCCCCUUCUCUCUGAUUCGCUAUGAUGUCACCACAGGAGAGCCCAUUCGGGAUGCCCGCGGGCACUGUGUGGCCACGUCUUCAGGUGAGCCAGGGCUGCUGGUGGCCCCAGUGACCCAGCAAUCUCCGUUCCUGGGCUAUGCUGGGCCCCCAGAACUGGGCCAGGGGAAGCUACUGAAGGAUGUCUUCCGGCCUGGGGACGUUUUCUUCAACACGGGGGACCUCCUGGUCUGUGAUGAACAAGGUUUUCUUCGCUUCCAUGAUCGCACUGGAGACACCUACAGGUGGAAGGGGGAGAACGUGGCCACGACCGAGGUGGCAGAAGUCUUCGAGGCCCUGGACUUCCUCCUGGAGGUGAACAUCUAUGGAGUCACGGUACCAGGACACGAAGGCAGGGCUGGGAUGGCGGCCCUGGUUCUGCGGCCUCAGCAGGCUUUGGAUCUUGCGCAGCUCUACGCCCACGUUUCUGAGAACUUGCCAUCAUACGCUUGGCCGCGAUUCCUAAGGCUGCAGGAGUCACUGGCCACCACAGAGACCUUCAAACAGCAGAAGGUUCGGAUGGCAAAUGAGGGCUUCGACCCCAGCGCGCUGUCCGACCCCCUGUACAUCCUGGACCAAGCUGCGGGGGCGUACUUGCCCCUCACGCCUGCGCGACACAGUGCCCUCCUGGCCGGGCACCUUCGAAUCUGAAACACCCACCGUGGGGGGCGGCGCGGGGCGUUGCAGCUGUAGUAGAAGCUAUUUUACAUAUCCAGUCCUUGUCGUGAUUUUGUAAUAAACAGACAGAGCUGCUGUGGUUCA